UGUACUGAGCGCCGAGAUGAGUCGCGGUCGAGGAGACAACGCCUGGCAACACACUCAAAUAGCCCGUCAAUCAACCAAAGAGUUGGACCGCUUUCCCCUGUGCCUCCGGAUUUUCUUCGGAUCAGCAGAUUGACGUUAACGCAAGUUUCCGCCGGACGAUCGGAAUGGAAGAGGAUCAACAAACUGGAGGAGACGAUUCACAAAUUAACUCGCGAAAUGAAAGAUCUCAAAGAAGUGAAAUGCCGUCAAGAGCGGACGAGCGAAUCGAGUUAUUCGUCAAAGGAAGAAGUCAAAUUGGCCAAGGAAACUAUCACGGCCCUCGAGGUUGAAAGCCGAGCACUGUCCCAAUUUGACACGCAAAUGAGGAGCCUCCAGAACUCGUUGGAACAGUUGGGUCUUCAUAAAAAUCACCAAGCCGAGGUGAUUGAAUCAUUCCGCCGCGAGUUGGACCUUCUCAAAAUCAAAGUUGAUGAAGUGGUGGGCAAAUCAGGAGGUUCGGUGCGCACCGUUCGAGAUACUUCGUCAGAAAAUGCCGUCAAAACUUUACAGUGGCUGUUGAAAUCUGUCAGCAACCUCAAAGCGGACGUCAAUCAAAUCAAUCAGAAUUUCAAUGUUACCAAGACGCUCCAACACUCCGACGAUGUCCAGAAACAAAUUAAUCUGGUUCAAGAUGCAGUACACCAAUUACGUCAUCAGUGGACGGAAGAAAGCGUCGAACGGCAGCGAAUUGCGGCUGAAGUGGUUCAAUUGCGCACCGAUUUAGUGGAAACGACCGAAAACCACCAACGUUGCCUCAAGGACGUUGCUCACAUGUCCUCAGAGGUCCAGUCGCUGAAAGCCGACUGGAACGCUUCCAUCGAGUCCAGCGCUUCCACUUUUGACGGCCAUCACGGCCGAUCGACUGGCCGCUACAGCCACUGGAACCACAAAUUCAAUGAGCUGAAAAAUACACUCCAAUCUGUUCGCGAUAUGCAACAAAAUCUCGAAAGCAAAAUGGAAAAUCUAAGCGUCCCCACAGCGGAGUCGUCAUCCGUGAUGGAACCGAUCGAGCAGCGAGUGGAAGGAUUCAUUCAACAAUACAACCGAUUGGAGUCUAAAAUAGAAGCCAACGAAGCUGUGCUGGACUCGCUGGAAACUCGCCAUUAUCGCCUGCACGAACAAAUGGAGUUGAUUGGAGAGCAGAACGAUUUCCAGGCCAGAGAAACGCAAUUGGCCAUCGACCAACUUAAUUACAACUUGACGGAAAUUCAAGUCCAGUGCGAACAGGCCCUACAGCGCACGGAAGUGACCGAGGACAAACUGACCCGAGUCGCCGACAACGUCAUCCUAAUUGAAAGCGAAAUGGAGAAGGAUCGAAUCACCAUUCUGGGUCUGCAAAAUAGGGCCAUGAACCAGACGUUGCAAAUGUGUAAAGAUGAGACAAAGGAUCAAAUCCAAGACUUGAAAUUGCAAACUGUCUUGUACCAAAUCGAAGCUCUCAAGUUCGAGAUUGAAACUUUUAACAAAACCAUGGGCAGCUGGAAUGAAGCUUUCGUCGUUGGAAAUUCUUCCGUCAUUGACAAAUCAUCUUCAUCUGAAGAGUCCAACGAAAAUUGAUUUCAUUUUAUUUUUCUCCCAAUCACCAAAGGUGCCAUAUGUUCCAAGUCAACGAUCCUGCGCUCGACGCAGGACCAGCUGCGCAACAAAAUUUUUAUCAACAUUUUCUCGUCAAAUAUUCUCAUGAAUUAAAUGGGAAAGAAUUACCAAGUCGAAAAUAAAACUUAAUUUUCUAACUAAA